GCUGAUUCUGAUUGAUUACCUACAAAGUACAAUUACAAAUUGUAUCUACAACCUACAUAGCUCUGAUAACAAUUUCAAUAAAAUUUAUAAAAUUUAAAAUUCAGUAAAUACAUGUCAGAUUAACAGUAUUCAAUUUCGAUAGACAUAUAUUUUCCAGUUAGCUAUGUAGGAUAAUUUUUAAAAUAUGCGUGAGUUCGGAAGUUUUGGUCCAUUAAUUGGAGCUAUAGAUGAAGGAACUUCGAAUGUUAAAUUUUUGAUAUUUGCAGCAAACACUUCAGAAGUAUUGACUUAUCAUCAAUUGCCCCUGAAAAGAUUUAGCCCUCAACAAGGUUGGGUAGAACAAGAUUCUUUGGAAAUUUUAAGUGCUGUGUUAGAAUGUAUUGAAGUUACUGUAGACAAUUUAAAAAAGUUGGACAUAGAUCCAGCAGAUGUUAUAGGUAUUGGUUUAACAAAUCAACGAGAAACAACAAUUGUUUGGAAUUCUUCAACUGGCGAGCCUCUUUAUAGUGCAAUUGUGUGGCUAGAUGUGAGAACUUCGAAAAUUAUUGAUGAAUUAAAUAAGAAUAAGGGUGCACAGAGUAUAAAUGCUGUCACACAAACUAGUGGUCUACCAUUAUCAACUUAUUUCUCUUCUGUUAAGUUGAAAUGGCUCUUGCAAAAUGUAACAGCAAUAAAGCAAGCUGUAGCAUCAGGGAACUGCAUGGCUGGUACAGUGGACUCAUGGUUGAUUUGGAAUCUGACUGGUGGCUGCCGUGGUGGUGUUCAUGUAACAGACGUAACAAAUGCAUCAAGAACUCAAUUGAUGUCAUUAAGAAGUUUGCAGUGGGAUAAAGGACUUCUACGUUUCUUUGAUAUACCAGUUGAAAUACUACCAAAGAUAAAAAGUUCCUCAGAAAUAUAUGGUUAUAUAGCUACUGGAUCACUUCUCGGCACACCAAUAGCAGGGUGUUUAGGAGAUCAACAAGCUGCAUUAGUGGGACAAAAUUGUAUGAAGUUUGGUCAAGUAAAAUGUACAUAUGGCACAGGAUGCUUUCUUCUGUACAAUACAGGUGAAUCUAUUGUACAUUCGCAAAGUGGUUUGUUAACAACUGUGGCCUAUAAACUUGGACCAGAUGCGCCGGCGAUUUAUGCAUUGGAAGGAUCAGUUGCAGUUGCUGGUGACACACUACAGUGGCUACAGAAGGGCGUGGGAAUAAUAAAUGAUGUAUCGGAUACGGAAGCCCUUGCUACUCAAGUAGCUGAUAACGAAGAAGGAAGUGUAUGUUUUGUGCCAGCAUUUAAUGGUCUAUACUCACCACACUGGAGGAAGGACGCGAGAGGUAUAAUGUGCGGUAUAAGCAGUAGUACACGCACGGAGCACGUAAUUCGAGCCGCGUUGGCGGCUACGGAUUGCGCGCCGCUACGGAAACUCCUCGCUGACGGGGGAAUGGCGCAAAACACGACGCUCAUGCAGAUGCAAGCUGACACGCUUGGCAUUCCAGUGAUUCGACCAUUGAUGAUGGAAAGCACAGCACUAGGAGCUGCUAUUGUGGCAGGCCGCGCGUUACGGGUGUGGCCGGCGACCACACCCAGCCCUCCUUCUGACACCUUUAUACCCGCUAUUUCUAGUGAAGAACGUGAAAUCCGUCGCAAACGUUGGGAAGAUGCACUUAAUAGAUGUAUGGGUUGGGUUAACGAUGACGAUAAUCAAGGGACAGAAAACGAAGAUGACAUUGACCGCACAGCUACGGCAUUACCACCAGGGCUAUUUUUCCUUGGGACAGCCAUUCUUGUUAUUUUAGCAGAUAAAUUGAAUAUGUUGCCAUAAUGUUUAUAAAUGUAGUUUCCAUAAUACCUUUAUGAAUAGUCACAUCAUAACCAGUAUUACUAUGUGUUAGUGAAUUUAAAUUGUUAUAAA